UACAGGUGGGGCUGCACGAGCUCGCGGGGAGGGGGCAGUACGGACCCGCCCUGCCCGCGUCGCUGCCAGACUUAGCACGAGGCCCAGGAAGGAGAGAGCAGGGGGGCGGCGGGCAGGUGCAGGCCGUGCCUGGCUAUUCAUAGUCGGAUUCUUGGAAGGGGCCGAGCCCGAGGGAGCAGUCUUGGGAGGGCGGCUGGGAGGGGGUAGCGGGGCCCCGCUCCCGCCCUUUGUUUGGGCUCGGCUCCUCUGGCUGCAUCGUCGUUGCCUAGCAACAGCUGUUCUGAACUGCGAUUGGCUGAGCCUUUGGCAGCAGCGGCCAAUGGCACGGUUGUUGCCAUGGCAGGUGCGGACUGCCAAGCUCAGUCCGGCCCCGCCCGCCGGGGCUCCGCCGACCGGGGCGGGCCUCCAGGGUGGGGGGCGGGACGCCUAGGUCCCCAGGGGCGGGUGGCUGCGCGGGGCGGGGCGGCGGGGCGAGAGUUAACCCGCCCCUCCCCCGUCCACCUGCUUUCCCCUUCCCCCGCGUGCCCCGGGCUGACCCUCGUUCCCUCCUCUCCCCGCCCCCGGCGGCGGCGGCGGCUGCUGCUGUUGUCACCCACCGGGCCGCCUGUCCCGCUUGCCCUCCCCGUCGCGGGGCUUGCCGGGCCGGCCGGGCCGGGACAGGCGGCCGUCUCCUCUCUGCCGCCACCACCGCCAUGCUGGCCGCUCGCCCACCCCACUGGGGGCCCCACCGCGCCCCAGCCCCCCGUGGGCCCCGCGCCAGCCCUGACCCGGGUCUCAGCGGCGGUGGCAGCCGAGGUGCAGGAUGCGAGAAGGCGCCCCCCGGCCGGGCUCCCGCUCCAGGCCUCGCUCCCCUGCGGCCCUCUGAGCCCACCAUGGCCGUCCCACCAGGCCAUGGUCCCUUCUCUGGCUUCCCGGGGCCCCAGGAGCACACGCAGGUAUUGCCUGAUGUGCGGCUGUUGCCACGGAGGCUGCCCCUGGCCUUCCGGGACGCGACCUCAGCCCCGCUGCGCAAGCUCUCCGUGGACCUCAUCAAGACCUACAAGCACAUCAAUGAGGUAUACUAUGCGAAGAAGAAGCGGCGGGCCCAGCAAGCGCCACCUCAGGACUCGAGCACCAAGAAGGAGAAGAAGGUCCUGAACCAUGGUUACGACGAUGACAACCACGACUACAUUGUGCGCAGUGGCGAGCGCUGGCUGGAGCGCUACGAGAUUGACUCACUCAUCGGCAAAGGCUCCUUUGGCCAGGUGGUGAAAGCCUAUGAUCAUCAGACCCAGGAGCUGGUGGCCAUCAAGAUCAUCAAGAACAAAAAGGCCUUCUUGAACCAGGCCCAGAUUGAGCUGCGGCUGCUGGAGCUGAUGAACCAGCACGACACAGAGAUGAAGUACUACAUAGUGCACCUGAAGCGGCACUUCAUGUUCCGGAACCACCUGUGCCUGGUGUUCGAGCUGCUUUCCUACAACCUGUACGACCUCCUGCGCAACACGCACUUCCGCGGCGUCUCGCUGAACCUGACGCGGAAGCUGGCGCAGCAGCUCUGCACGGCGCUGCUCUUCCUGGCCACGCCCGAGCUCAGCAUCAUUCACUGCGACCUCAAGCCCGAGAACAUCCUGCUCUGCAACCCCAAGCGCAGCGCCAUCAAGAUCGUGGACUUCGGCAGCUCCUGCCAGCUUGGCCAGCGGAUCUAUCAGUACAUCCAGAGCCGCUUCUACCGGUCACCUGAGGUGCUCCUGGGCACACCCUACGACCUGGCCAUUGACAUGUGGUCCCUGGGCUGCAUCCUGGUGGAGAUGCACACCGGAGAGCCCCUCUUCAGUGGCUCCAAUGAGGUGGACCAGAUGAACCGGAUUGUGGAGGUGCUGGGCAUCCCACCAGCCCCCAUGCUGGACCAGGCACCCAAGGCUCGCAAGUACUUUGAACGGCUGCCUGGGGGUGGCUGGACCCUACGAAGGACAAAGGAACUCAGGAAGGAUUACCAGGGCCCCGGGACACGGCGGCUGCAGGAGGUGCUGGGCGUGCAGACGGGCGGGCCCGGGGGCCGGCGGGCGGGGGAGCCGGGCCACAGCCCCGCCGACUACCUCCGCUUCCAGGACCUGGUGCUGCGCAUGCUGGAGUAUGAGCCCGCCGCCCGCAUCAGCCCACUGGGGGCUCUGCAGCACGGCUUCUUCCGCCGCACGGCUGAUGAGGCCACCAACACGGGCCCGGCAGGCAGCAGUGCCUCCACCUCGCCCGCACCCCUUGACACCUGUCCCUCCUCCAGCACCGCCAGCUCCAUCUCCAGCUCUGGAGGCUCCAGCGGCUCCUCCAGUGACAACCGGACCUACCGAUACAGCAACCGUUAUUGUGGGGGCCCUGGGCCCCCCAUCACUGACUGUGAGAUGAACAGCCCCCAGGUCCCACCCUCCCAGCCGCUGCGCCCCUGGGCAGGGGGUGAUGUGCCCCACAAGACACAUCAGGCCCCUGCCUCUGCCUCGUCACUGCCAGGGGCCGGGGUCCAGUUACCCCCCCAACCCCGAUGCCUUGGCCGUCCCCCAUCACCAACCUCACCACCACCCCCAGAGCUGAUGGAUGUGAGCCUGGCGGGCGGCCCUCCGGACUGCUCCCCACCUCACCCAGCGCCUGCCCCCCAGCACCCGGCUGCCUCAGCCCUCCGGACUCGGAUGACAGGAGGUCGUCCACCCCUCCCACCCCCUGAUAACCCUGCCACUCUGGGGCCUCGCUUGGGCCUCCGUGGUGUACCCCAGAGCACGGCAGCCAGCUCAUGACCCAGCCCCCUCCCUGGGGCCCCUCCUGAAGCCAUACCCCCCAUCUGGGGGCCCUGGGCUCCCAUCCUCAUCUCUCCCCUUGACUGGAAUUGCUGCUACCCAGCUGGGGUGGGUGAGGCCUGCACUGAUUGGGGCCUGGGGCAGGGGGUCAAGGAGAGGGGUCUAGGCGCACCCUCCCCGUAAGGACUGGACCCUUGGCCCCCUCUCCCCCCCUUGUUUUCUAUUUAUUGUACCAAAGACAGUGGUGGUCCGGUGUCUGGGGGGGGGAGACCCCCUUCACCGUCGGGCCCUAGGAGGGGGUGGGGGCAGGUAGGGGGAGAUGGCCUUGCUCCUCCUUGCUGUACCCCCCAGUAAAGAGCUUUCUCACAUGCCUGCCUGAGCGUUUGCAGGGCCUCGGCUCCUCUCACCUGGCCCUCAGAGGCGUGGUGGGGAACGGUGUUUGGGGAGGGGGUACCAGAAGAGCUUUGUCAUGUGGGAUGCAUCCCUGGGGAAGUUAUGGCUAUUGGCGCAGACGUGGGGCUGCAGGAGGUCUGGGGCUAUGGAAUCCUAGACAGAGAUCCUGGAUAGGAUCCUAGCCCACAUUUGUCUUUUCCAUGGUAAACAGAGACCCUGAAAGAGUAAAGGCCCAGCUCUGGCCUGUCUCUGGAAAACAUCAGGAUCUGCCCUAAUAAGCCAGGGCUUCCACAGAGUCUGCACGGGAGUGGCUCCUUAUGCCAGGCAGGCAUCUAGUAGGUGCUGAAUGUAUGUAGCAGGCCUUAUUGGUGCCAUCUGGGAGAUGGCAGGCAGGCAGGCAGUGGGUACAGAAUUUACCCCCCACGUCUGGUCUCACCCUGUGGAGCCAUGACGGAGCAAAGCAUUUUGAGAUUCUCGGGCAGAAAGAUAUUCCGGGGGUUCCAGGUAAGUGGGUCUGUUUCCAUAGCAAUUUGGAGACUUUGUCUCCCAACUGGCCAAACAAGAACCUCCUGAUUCAAAGGUACCUGACCGUCUCCCGCCACUGGGGCGCGGCGCUUCCUGGGAAGUGGAGUUCUACUCUCAGUCCCUUUGCCCAUAUUUCGUCAGGGGACUACAAAGACCAGGGUCCUUUUCGCUCACGAGUUAGGGACGGGCUCCCGGGCAGCCAGUAGGCAGGCAGAGAUGGACGGGGGCCCGGAUGCUGGAGGCGGGCUGUGGAGGAGGAGAAGGCCGUGAUUGGGUGGUGUCGGUGUUGAGUUCUCUCAGGCGUGUGGCAGGUGGGCCACCGUGCUGCUCCCCGAGACCGUGCAGUUAGGGGUCUGUGGUCACGGAGCAAGAGGUAAGCUCUGAGGCCCGAAUUGGCCCCAUCGCGCGAAGCAUCACGAGCCGCGGUGUCUGGCUCAGCUCGCAAGAAGCCCCGGUCGGUAGGAGAGACAGGCGAGGACGCCGUUUCACGGACCUGCGGAUGUUCGGAAGCGGGGGCAGAGUGGAACGUGGAGGGAACCCAGGCGAGGCACGGGUAGGGAAACAUUCCGGGAGAAGCAGGAGCUGUCGGAGUUGAGACCUGGAGACGGGGUGUUUGCGGUGGUUUGCGUACAGGCAGCGAUGAGAGACAGCCUGAUGUGUGAAUGUGAACUGCCAGAGAUGUGGUGUUGGAGGUCUAAUGGAAACUUCUGUAUGAAUUCGGUCGUGGAAGAUUUUGUUGGACAUUUAGGGAGCUUGGACUUUGUCCUAAGGGCAUUGAGGAGCCACGAGAGGAUUUCAAGAAGGCAAGGGGCAUGGCCCAAUUUGCUGCCAUCCAGGAAGAGAUUGAUGGGAAAGAGACUAGGGCUUGGGAGCCCAGGGUGGUGUUUGUGGCACGAUCCUGGGCAAGAAGUGUUGGGAAUUGAACCAGGGCAGGAGUCUCGGUUGGGACAGAAGAAAGGGUGUGGGUAGGAGAGACGUUCAGAAGGCUGAGUUGACAGGGUGUAUGGCUUACAAAGCUGUGUGGAAAGGGAAGGCAGAGAGGGGCAGGGAAAAAGAUAUCUCCAGCAGGUAGAACAGCACCUGGCAUAUUGUAGAUACUUAAUUAAAAAAAUUUUUUUUGAAUGAACAGUCCUAGCAGGCAGAUGCUAUUAUGAUCUCUUUUUUGUAAAGGAGGAUACUGAGGGCAGAUAAGUUCAAUAACUUACUGAAGAUCACAUAGCUAGCAAGUGGAAGGCCCAGGAUUGUGUGUGUGUGUGUGUGUGUGUGUGUUUGAGAGAGAGAGAGAGAACUAUUAACUUAGCAACGUGCAAGAUGAGCUUCGAGAAGUCAGCAGGGUCCAAAUCAUGUUGGUCCCUUAAGGAAUUUAGGAUAAGCAUGGAAAUGUAUGUCCCACAUUUCUGUUUCCAGCCCAGAACCUCUCCCUGACCUGCUGACUGACUGCGCACAUGAUAUAUCUUCUCUCAAAAUACGUGUAGUCAUCCAGACAUCUAUCUUGACCAAAUUGAACUCCAGUCUUUUCCCUAAAACCUGUUCCUCCCACAUUUUCAGUAAGUGCUGCCUCCUUCAUUGUCUUAUAUUCAUGUCUAGUCCGUCGGCAAAGUAUAUUCAGAACCUGACCAUUUCUUCCCACCUCCACUCCUGUCACCCUGUUCCUGUCCACUCUUAUGGCCUGCCUACACUAUCACGCCAGCCUCCUCAGUGGUCUUUGUACUCCCCACAGUGUUCUCAUACGCAGCCAGGGGGACACUGAAUACCUGUAUCAGGUCACAUUUCUCUCCUGCCCAUUACUGUCCUGUGGCUCUGUCUCACAGUAAUCAUCAGUGUUCUUUCCGUGGCCUUUGCAAGGCCCAUGAUCCCUGCAAGGCCCUGCAUGAUCCGUCUGUGUUACACCUCUGCCUGCUCCUUUCACCCUGCUCCAGCCACACUUGCCCCAGGGCAUUUGCACUUACUCUCUUUACCUGGAACACACUUCUCCAGAUGGUAAAGGCUCACCUUCAUCUCCUUUAGGUCUUUACUCAGGUACCAUCUUCUCCUUGAGAACUUCCCUGGCCGCCAUUCUAGAAUUAUAUCACUAACAUUUGUUUAUUAACUUCUCUUUAACUGUUCCUUAGCAUUAAUCACAUCACUCUUUAACUCACUGUAUAGGUUAUUUAUCGUGUUCAUUGUCUGUCUCUCCUCUGCACCCACAGCAGACCAUAAACUUCAUGAGGACAGGGGCUUUUGUCUACUUCAUGCUUUAUCUUUAGCAUCUAGAAGCACUCCUGGCACAUAGGGCUCAAUAACUGUUUACUGAAUGGAUGGGUCAGUGGGUGCUUUCAGGACAUAGAUCCUGAUCCAACAUCCUAGGGACUCUGCCGAUCCCUUUUCCACAGAACUUUGGAGGACUGCCUUAAAGUUUUCUGAGGUCUCAGGCAUUCAGCAAGUAUUUCAUCUUGCCUCUGCCCCAUGCUCAGCAUCGGGAACAUAGCAGAGAACAGAAUAGUUUCCCUGUCCCCAGAGGGUUCACAGUCUCAGGGGUGGGAGCUCAAAUCCUCAGCUAAUCACAGAGAUAUGAAAUUACAAAGAAAGGUAGAGAGUGCCAUAAGAGCACUUGGCCAGAAAUCUAAUCUGGACCCUAGGAAGUGGGGUUGAAGUGAUGAAGCUAUAGGCAUUAAGGCGCCCCAUUAAGAGGUAAGAGUGUGGGGCCACCUGGGUGGCUCAGUCAGUUAAGGGUCCGACUCUUGGUCCAGCUCAGGUCAUGGUCUCAGGGUCCUGAGAUCGAGCCCCACGUUGGGCUCUGUGCUCAGCACGGAGUCUGCUUGUCCCUCUCCCUCUGCUCCCUCCCCACACUCUCUCUCUCUCUCUCUCUCUCAUAAAUAAAUAAAAUCUUUUAAAAAAUAAAGAGGUGAGAGAGAGAGAGAGAGUGUGUGUGUGUGUGUGUGUGUGUUGGUUGGAACCUAGAGGCUGAGGGGGAGCAAGAGGCCGGGUCAUGUAGCCCCUGUAAGGAGUUUGGAUUCUUACCCCAUGUGUAGUGGGAAGUCACAGAAGGACUUUAAGCAGUGAAAGGAGUUUUGUAUGUCAGAUGAUCCCUCUGGCUGUCGUGUGGGGGAACUGACGAUAGGGGGUUAAGUAUUGAAGUAGGGAGACCAGUGACAAGGCUGCUGUCCUGCGAUUUAAAAAGCUGCCACCACAGAAGGCCACACAUUCUUUGCUGUUUCUCCCAUCAGGAGGUGGAGUGUCUUCCCCAUCUUUAAUCUAGACUGGGCUGUAAUUUGUUUUGACCCGUGGAGUGCCAUGGAAGUGAUGCUGUGCUGGUUGGGGGCCUUAAGAGGCCCGCAGCUUCUGCUUUCCCUCUCUUGGGACCCUGGGCUGCUGUACAAAGAAGUCCGGCUACUUUGCUGGAAAGACAUGUGGACACAGAUGUGGACAGAGAGAGGCCCAGCCAGCCCCCAGCGGCUCCACUGUGUUAGCUGAGGGGCCAGACAUGAGUGAUGCCAUCUUGGACAUUCUCGCCCAGCUCCCGGCUGACACCCCGUAGAAUAGAGAUUCACCUUGCCCUCUCCGCUUUGCUCAAAGUACAGAAUCACGAGUGAAUAAAUGGUUGUUGCGAUUUUAAGCCACUGUGAUUUGGGAUGAUGUGUUACUCAGCAGCAGCUCCCUGAAACAAGCUCUCUCAGAUCCUCACCAUUUUACGUAUGGGCUCAUUUAAGUCCCACAGUCGCCCCAUGUGGGAAUAUAGUUAUUCCCGUCACACAGAGGAAACGAGGAGGGCACGGAGAAGUUAACAGAGUCCCAGCAAGCUGCCCGGCACGGAGUAAGUACCGAGCGUGUGACAGCUAUCAUUCCUCAGCGUGAAAAUGCCCGUAAUCGGUAAGGAAGGGACGGUGAGAUGAACGCGAGCGUCAUUAACCCACUCCCUCGUGCUGUGAUUUUAGAUGAAUGAUUUUAGACACCUCUCCAAGGCUCCGUGUCAUCGUUGUAGAAUGGAGAUUCUAACAUUUGUCUCAGGCUCUGCCAGAGCAGGCACCUAACAUGUGCACGGAUGAUAAUUACCGUGAAGCGCACAGCCAGGGUUCUCGUAGACAACGACCUGAGGACCACAGGGGUGAAGCUGAUUUCUUGGAAGUUCUAGUGGAGAGACAGACAGGUCCUUGGGGAUACGGUUGAAGUGCUGGGUCAGGCCUCACCCGGAGAGAGCAGAGGGAGUUACUUCUGGACUUUCUCAUUAAGGAAACCAGUAAGUCUCUCUGUCAUUUACACCAAGUUGCACUGGGCUUUCUAUUGCUUGGAACCAACAUCCUAACUGAUUGUAGGGUUUUAUUCAUUUAUUUGUUGAUUCAUCAGAUAUUGAACACUUACUGCAUUCCAAGCACUGUUUCAGGUGCUGGUAUUAGAAUAGUAAACAAGAGCCUCGAAAGCCCCGUCUUUGGAACUUCCGUUCUCGUGGGGUAGGUUAAGGAAAUCGGUGUUGAUAAGAGCUAGGGAGGUUGGUAGCCGGAGGGAUUGAGGAGAGGAGGGGUAGAGAGUGACAAGCUAUCUGAUGAAACGUUAAUGGAGGAGAGACCACUCCAGAAGGGAGGAAGCCAGCUGUGUGUAUGUUUUGCUAAGAAGAACAUUCCAAAUAAAACAAAAGAGCAAGUUCGGGGGCUCCGAGGCAUGUGCGGUGUGUUGGAGGAGCAGGAAGGAGUGAACUGGACCAGAGUGGGCUGAACCAGUGGGUGGGAAGGGGACGGGGGCCCAGGGCAUGCGGGCUUGAUGGGCAGACUUGAAUUCGAUUCACAGUGAGGGGGGCAGGCAGGCAGAGGAUUUGGGGCUCAAGAGCAAUGUGAUCUAACAUCUUCAGAAGAUUCGUCUGGCUGCCAUGUGGGCACCAGGAUGGAAGCAGGGCUCCGCCGUGGAGGCUACUGCACUAGUCCCGCUGAGAGACUGUGGUCGCUUGGCUAGAGGUGGGGUUGAAUUUAAGAUACAAUUUGAAGAAAGAGUGGGCAGGAUUGGGGGUACAGGUGUGGGCUGAGGAAGAGGAGUCAACAACUCUAAGGUUUUUAGCCUGUGCAGAGGGAGGAGAGGGUGCCAGGAACGGUGUGGGGGAGACCCAGAGAGGCUGUGGGUCUGUUCAGCGUCCCCAUGGAUCCGCUGAGCACGUGGGAUAUACGAGUCUAGCAUUCAGGGGCCAGAUCUGGGCUAGAGAUACAGACGUGGGGGAGUCCCUGCCAUCUUCAUGGCAUUGAGGCCCAGAAUGAGGUAGGGAGAGUGGAGGUGGAGAUGGGAUCUGGGAGCGGGGUUGGUUCACAGGCAGUUGCUGCAGGAGUCUGGGUGAGAGACCACAGUGGCCUGAAUCAGGGCAGAGGUGGGACUGAGCAGUGCGCUGGAGACAUUUUGAAGACAGAGCCCAUGGUAGAUUGGUCACGGGUGACAAUGGAAAGGAAUGGACUGGGGCCUCGUGAGAGCGGCAUAGAGUCAGAACAUGGGGCAGGGACUCUGCUGUCCUCCUUCCCCUGGGCCCUGUGGUCCCUGCAGCCCCUUUGUCCCCAUUCCAUAUUCCGCAGAUGAGAAGUGGAUUGGGGUCCAGCAUCCAUCCCUGCUCAGCCUGCUGUAGCGGGAGCGUUCCCACAGUGAGGUCUGUGUGCCGGGAGGAGCCGGGGACUGGGCGGUCCCCUGCAGUUUUCACAGUUACAAAGCGUUUCUGACAGCUGGUGUGUGGAGGGCAGGCGUGUGGGCAGAGGGAAUGAUUUGGCCUGUUUGGUAGAUGGGGGGCACAGACCCUCUGUGUAGCCUCAGAUGCGCCCUGCCUUGGGUGAGUGCGGCAGGGGAGACCAGGAAGGGGGGAUCUGUCAGGCUUGGGUCUCAGAAGGGCCAGGGUCUGGCUGGGAGGAGUGAUGGGGAUCCAGUGCAGCUUCUGCCACCGUCAGCAUUCCCAGAGCAGUCAGGGAGACACUCAUCACCCCUCCUGGAGAGAGACACGGGGGCGGCGGGAGCCCAGAGGAAGCACAUGACCCAGUCUGAGGUAUCGGGAAGGACUUCCCGCAGCAGAGAACGCAUGAGGUGAGAUCGGACGAGCCAGAUGAAGGGAGCUAGGGACUCCGCCGUGGCGACUUAGCACCAAGUCAGCAGAAAAAGAUACUUUAAAAUUGUUUUAUUUGAUAAUUUUGGAUUUACAGAAAAAUUGCAGAGAUAGUACAGAGACUUCCCAUAUGCCCUACACCCAGCUCCCCUUCACGUUAACAUCUUACAGAACAGCAGUCGCACAUUCGUCAAAACUAAGAGGCGAACGUUGGUUAGCGCUGUAUGAACAAAACUCUGGACUUUAUUCAUAUCCCACCCAUUUUCCCACUAACGUUCUUUUUCUGUUCCAGGAUCCAAUCCAGGAUACCCUGUCGCAUUUGUCCGUCGUGUUUCCUUGGUCUCCUCCAGUCUGUGACAGUUUCUCAGACUCUCCUGGUCUUUCAUGACCUUGGCAGUUCUGAGGAGUACUGGUCAGGUAUUUUGUAGCGUGUCCCUCAGUCUGGGUUCGUCUACCGUUGGUUCUCCCAGUUAGACUGGGAUCAUAGGCUCUGGGAAAGAUCCCGCUCAGACGCGGGGGAGCUCAUUUCUUGAAGGUGGCAUCCACCAGGGUUCUGCCCUUUCCUUACUGUGUGUCAGGAGCAAGUCUGGGAUCCAGCCCACACUCAAAGGGAGGAGAAUUCAAUUUUGGUUCCUGGAGGGAAAAAUGUCAAAGACUUUGUCUUCGGAUAUGAAAACCACUUUGAGGCUGUGCAGAUGUCCUGUCUCUCCUCAAACUUCCUCCCCCUGAUUUUGGCAUCCAUCAGUGGAUCUUGCCUGGGACGAUUAUUACUGUGCUGGGCUUUUUGUUUGUUUGUUUGUUUGUUUUAAUUGGCUCUACACCCAACGUGGGGCUUGAACUCCUGACCCCAAGAUCAAGAGUCGCUUGCUCUACCCACUGAGCCAGCCAGGUGCCCGUACUGUGGUGUUCUAGUGAUGCCUUUCUCUUUCCCUCAGUUCUUCUGCGUAUUUUUAUGUGGAAUUCUUCUACCUACGCCAUUUAUUUUAUUUGUACAGUCAUUAAUUUAUAUCAGUAUGGACUCGGGGAUAUAUAUCGUAUUCUUUUCAUAUAACCCAAUGUUAUCAUAAUUAAUAUUUUCACUGAAGUUGUUACAGGUUUGGCCGUAGAGGCCCUGUCAGGUUGGCUCCUGUGUUCUUGCCUCCUUUUUUUCCCCUCAAGCACCUCCUUACUCCCUGGCACCGUUAGAAGCCCCAGCCCUAGAGUCGGCUGUUUCCCUGGGGAGCCCUGGUUCAUUUUACUGGAGAAUGGUAGCGGAAACCAAGUCUGCGCCCUGCGCGUGCUCAUCGCCAGGGUGUCCCUGCUUCUAGUCCCUCUCAGCUCACAGAGCUCGGAAAUAUGUCUGUGUCCACACCGGUGUGGACACACACGUCUGCAUUUCUGAGUGUGUGUGUGUGUAGAUAGGUGCCUGUGGCCAUGCUGACGAGUCCGCCCUGCCAUCUCUGACUCCGAUCUAGCCCCGGAGGGUUCGCUCCUGCCUCCCCACCUUGCUUUCUUUGUAACUCCUUUAUCUGACAACAAGAACCUGGCUCACUGGGCACCUUCUAGUGCUCAUCUCAUUGGCCAUCUUGGCCAUUCCUGCCUUCUCGAAGGACACUCUCCCUCAGUUUCUGUGGCGCUGCUGUCCCCUGAUUUUUCUCCUCUGUCUUGUUGCUUUGCAAGAAGCUCCUCUGAUUUCACCAGUCCCUUACAUGUUAGGGGCUCUUCUCUCCUCCCACCCCCUGGGCCAUCUUACCUGCUCUUAUGGUCUGUUUCCUGUCUCUGUGCUGGUGACACCCACUCCCUGUCCUUAGCCCUGACCUCUGCUGUGAGACCCACACCUGGGCAUCCUGAGGGUUCAUGAAGCCCCACCUUCAGCCCUGAGUGACCCCUGGGCCCCUAACACUCUCCGGGUCCCAAAUUCUAAACCUGCUCCUCCUCCAAGGGUGGCCCCUCCAUACCCCAAGUUUCUAAAAAGAGCCCUGGGCCUCAUCCUUGAUGCUUCCCUCCCCAGCGCCCCUUCCCCCCAGCCCAAUCCAUCAACCUCCAUGGCUUGUCCACUGGGCUUUCUGGAUGUCUCUCCUACUUGCCCUCUUCUCCCCUUUCAUGGCCCUGCCUUGGUCCCACCCCACCUCUCCCACCAUGUCUCUGCCCGGUCUCCUCCCUGGCCGCCUAUCUCUCACGUUAACCCACCUCCAUUUGGCAGUUAGAGGGAGUUUUGUGGAACACAAAUCUGACCUUGUCUUCCUGUUUGAAGCCUUUCCGUGUUUCUCCAGUGUCCUAAGGACAAGGUUCUAACUGAUCCUGAGGGCCUGGUGUGAUCUGGCCCCUGACCCUCAGCCCAGCCUGUCUCCCCAGCUGCCUAAGCUCCAGACACACUCAACUUCUGUUUCCUUGAGUGUGACUGGCACGUCACCCGGGUCUCUGCGGACCCUUCCGCAGCCCCAGCCCCCUUCAGUCCAGCCAGUCCUGCCCAACCCACACUCCACCCACUUUCUCCCCACUCAGAUUAUUUUGAAAGGAUUCCAGACAUCAUCAUCUGUAAGGCUGAUGAGUAAAAUGUAACCAGUGGUUAUUUCUGAGGGUUAGAAGAGGGCAGCGGCCUUUACUUUUAAGAAAUGUUUGCAGUGACUGUGUUUUUAUUGAACACUACAUAACACCAAUAGUUCUUGUGGGAGAAAAAGUUAACAAGAGAAAAAAAAAAAUCCCCUUGUGUUUGAGUUUUAAGAGGAAAAGAACUUCCAGGAGUCAUUUUAUUACUUUAAACAUCCUGCAGCGGCAGGACCAGAACGGGUCUGUUUCUCUGUCCACGCUAAGAGUCAUCAGGCCGGAAUGAACUUGUGAGGAGUGCUUGUAAGCUUUCGUUUGAAUCACAUCCACCGAGGGGAUUUUCUGCUAUUGAUUUUCACAGUGACUGUAAACACAGCUUAUGUAAUGUAUCUAACUGGUGUGGCCCACGCAUCUGGAACAGCCGGCCUCUAUAACAGGGUGUCCUAUGUGGGAAGGAAGCUACUGCAGUAUAUCAGCGUGGGGAGAAUUCUCGUCUUUCCUGGUACUUGAUACCAGUGACUGUUGGGACAGUGAGCUCCGUGUGAAGGAACCAGGAAUGCAUGCGCUUGGAGACAUCCUGUGGUUUUGAAUCUGGCCGGCACGCACUAUAUAAUCGCCACGGUAUAAUAAUCCACAUUUUAUAUAAUAACCAUGGCCCGCGUUUACACGGGCGCGGUCCUCAGCCCUUUACGCGCACAGCCCUGAGCUGUUGUCACCCCCGGGUUUCAGUGGGGCAUUUAGAGUUUACGUCGGUUGCUUCGGGUUCCCUAGCUGGUAUGUGUCAGCACCAGGAUUUGAACCCCAGAGUCUGGCCGCUCACACGUUGUCUGCCUUCCACCACCUUCCUCCCGGAUGCCUGCCGUUCUUAAAGGAGGCGCCCACACUUCUGAUAAUGCACUUUCUUCUUUUCCGAGGAAGGGCUUAAAUUACUUCCUUCUCCAUCCGAUAAAAUCUUUUUCAACAGCCCCAAUUAUCUGGAAAGAGCAACGCUUAAGUUUUUUUGCUUUCAGGGAAAAUGUCAAACAAACACAAGAGCAGAGAGAAAAGUCUAAUGAAUGCUGGUGUCCCCGUCUCCCGGCUUCAGCCCUUGUGGCCACUCUGGCUCUGUCCACAUCCUGUACAUUUGCUCCCCUGCUCCAUUACUUUAGAGCAAAUCCAGGUAUGUUUUAUUAAAAGACCUUUUUUAAAGAAAAGAUCACCUGCAGUCCCUGGCCCUAAGUCCUCCCCCUGCUGGCGAAUUGACCACCUUCCUGAUUCUCUGUUCCCUUUCCCCCCGUUUUCCAAACGCAGACAGAUCUGUGCGCGGGGUGGUACUAUCACUGGGCUCUGUCCCUGGCUUGACUCCUGUAACCCUGUCCCCCAGGCCUUUCUCCUCGUUGCUCUGAAACCUGAAAACGAUCCCUCUUAGUGACUGCGGACAGGCUAGGGUGGCUUGGCUGGCCCGCCCUCUGCAGUGGGACAUUUAAUCUGCUCGUGGUGUUUUGCCAUGAUAGUGGCCUCUUCCCUUAUUUGGAUUAUAUUCUGGAUGCCCCCUCCACUCAAACCAGGUCAGGCCUCCUGAACUUGCACUCUGUAACUUCACUUCAAGCUUGCCACCCUUACCAUAGUCAGAAUGAAGCAGGGACUUGGGUACUUCUCAGUUAAUGGCCGGGGGGGGGGGGGGGGGGCUCAGUGAGAGCAGGAAUCAAGUCUGUCUUCAUCCGGGCUGUGUCCUCAGCAUCACUCAGCACAAGGCUUGGGACUCAGUCAGUGCUCAGUAGUGGUGAUGAACGAAUGAAUGAGUGAGCGAUUGUCAAGGUCAGUAGCUGGGCGCUUAAUCAUGAGGGCGGUAGGAAGCCACAGAAGUGUUUGGGGCAGAACUGGACCCAUUGUUCUCAAACUCAUGCGCCUUUAAGUCCCUUGGGAUCUUGUUAGAAUACAGACUCUGAGUUAGUGGGGCUAGGGAUUGGCCUGAGAUUCUGCAUUUCUAGCAAGUUCCCGAGUGAUGCCAGUGCUUUGAGUAGCAAGGGUCUUGCUGCACGUGUGGCUCUCGAGCACCUGAAAUGUGGCUGGUGUGAAUUGAGAGACAUCGGAAGUGUAAGAUACCCACCAGAUUUCAAAGACUUAGUACAAAAAAGAGAAUUUGUAAAAUAUCUCAUUAAUAAUUUUUAUAUCGAUUACAUGUUAAUACGGUAAUAUUUUGGAUAGAUCAGGUUAAAUAAAAUAUAUUAUUAAAAUUAA